GUAAAUGUAUGACGUACAACAUGGUCAAAAUCAAGUAGACGUUCCGUACUGACGUAUAUCGACAAUUUCUUUGGACUUAACUAAUGUUGACAUCCUGCAGGAAUGUUUGCGGAUGGUUUAGGAUCGGAUUUUGACAGCGCUGUUGAAAAUAUUGGUAAACUUCCUCAAGACUUAUUUGCAGAAUUAUGUCAACGAGUUAUGUUUUACCUGCAACAUCGUACCCCGGGAACAGAUGCAGUGGAUCUGCACCAGCGGUUCCACAGAGCUGGCAUUGGGCUGUCUGUGAGUGAACUAGAGACGGUGAUAAAUUUAAUCUCCCUUGUGUUCAGAACCACAGCUAAAAAUAAUAUACCAGCAGAGGAACUUGCUGUCAGGCUUGCAGGUAGCAGUAACAAGUGGUCCAAGCAGGCUGUACAGGUUAUACGUCAUGUGUGGAGUGAACAAGGAAAAUUCCUUACAGUAGAAGAUACCAUAAAAAGCACAGUAACAGCAGGGCAGCUUGUUGAUCUCCAGUGGAAGAUGGGAAUGACAGUAAGUUCCAGUAGCUGCAAGUCACUAAAUUGUCCUUAUGUUACAGUGACAUUAAAAGUGGCAGACACUGCUGGCCAGAUAACAAACAAGUCCUUUGAGAUGACCAUCCCACAAUUUCAGAACUUCUUCAGGCAGUUUAAGGAAAUGGCUUCUGUUCUUGAAACUGUUUAAACUUCAGCCUAUCUGUAUAGAUAUUUUAUCUCUUUUGUCUGAACACACAUUCAUUAAAACAUUAGAACAUUAACAUUAUUUAAAGAGUAAGUGCCUGCAGGAUGUGCAUUAGUAUGUAGUUAUUUAUCUCUUUGCCUUUUUAAUAUACUGUUACAUUGCAGCAGUAUCCUUCUUUUUAAUACUAGCAAAUUAAAUGCUGCCUUUGUAUCUCUAGAAUGUAAUGAAUGUGCUGUUGGCACUAAAUAAUGGCAUAUUAAGUGUAACACAGAUAAAAGUCAGAGCUUGCUAGUUCAUCCAUAAAAAGAACUCUUACAUAACGCCUGCCAUAUCUUGACAUCAAAAAAUUAUUAGUAACAUUUUUCUUAAUGUGUGUGCUGUGUGACCUCCUUAACAGAAGAAACAUGUUUGCAGUCGCCUGUGUUAUACUAACCAAGGCAUUAUAAUUGGCCAUCAUAAGGUGUACUGCUUGACAUGUCAUUCUCUCAGAAGUGAUAUUCAUGGAUCAUGUAGCCUGUUUUUCUAGUACCUCACUCAGCGACUGUGUGAAAGCUGGUAGCUUCCUCACCGACCCAAGUUUGUCUCAUUUGUGGAGGUCCAGAAGUUCAUUAUUUGACCCACUCCUAUUUGGAUCCUGCAUUAAUUAGUUGCUUGAAUGUUGCUGACGUAAAUUGAUGCUACUGUGAGAGAAAAACAGCUUCUUCAGAAAGGCUAGAUGCCAUAUUUUCUUUGGGCUAACAGCCGAGAUCAGUGUCAGAACUAUGGAAAUAUCACUUGCCAUCAACAAGGCAGUACUGUACUGGUUCACAUUGUUUCCCGCAAACAACCUCACCACCACCACUGUUGGGCACAUUGCUGAAGUAACAACACCCCCAACACCACCACUUGUUAUUCGUUUUCAUUGACAGGAGACUAAGGUACUGAAUUACUGAAUUCUCUCCCUUUUACAGUCAUACUAUAUUUUUUUCAUCUCCUCAGUAGCUAGCAGCACUGGUGCUGUGGCAAAACUGAAACCGAAGACUGGUUACGUUACAGCAAAUGCUAGUCAGAGCAAAAUGCAGGAACAUCACCACCUGUGCUUUAUUUUUCAUUAAAUGACUGCAAUAUGAAA